AUGGACGACUUAGCGCAAACACCGAAGUCGAGUAAAUCAGGUAAUUAAAGUUAAAUUUUUGGACUUUAAAAUGCCGUUUUAUAAUAAAAAUGUAUUUACAUUAAUUUUAUAAACAAUAUGGAUAUUAUAAUUAAAUUUCGGUAUAAAGAUAUUAAAAAGGGUCUGCCACUGAGUAAUUUUGAUGAUGACUGCAAGUUUACUAGUCGAAACGUUUAAUCAAAAUGAAAAAUCAUUGUCUUGUAUUUUUUAAAAAGGGUCAUUGUAGGUUUUAUUUUCUCACUGAAACGACUUGCCGACUUCUAAACAUCUUACUAGAUACUGAUACUCAAAGCAAGAAAAGAAAACGCCAACUGGAAAAGCUUGAUGAGAGUCAACUCGAGGAAAGUCACAUUGAUGAGCCAGCAAAUGUAAAGUUUCCUACAUAAAGUUUUACAUCUAUAAUAUAAUACUUGCACUCCAGCUGAAUCUCCCUUUAUGAUAUUCAUGCUACAAAAUCAUUGUUUUUUAUUAUUUUCUUAGUUUGUCAUUGCCAAUACAGAAAUGGAAUCUCUUCGAGAAACCAAUAGAAGGCUAAAAAACAAAAUUAUUUCUUUGAAAACAUCUGCAAAAGGAAAUAAAUCCAAAAUGAAGCUAAUGAGACGCAGGGGUAAGACUCAUAAUUUCUGCAAUUUAUUGUUAACCAUAGGGACGUCGCGAAGCCAUCAACAUGGCGGGGGGGGGUGUUCCUAGGAUUUUGACCAAGUCGUACAAAUUUUGCCCAAAAAUGUUGUCCGGGGGGGGUCAAAAAAAAUUUUCCGCGCUAACAUAAGCGUAUUCAAAACUUUUCAACUAAGAUAAGCAAGGCUUCCAAUUUUUUCACUGCAAACCAAGAGCUUUAAUAUUGUUAAGAUUGCAAACCAUUUCAUAACUUUGGGCAUCUUUUAUCCUGAACUUUGACCUAAUUUUUCCAAGUUUUACCUUAAAUUUUAAGCAAAUAUCAGUUCCGUUUCGACCAACUUUGGGCAAAUAUCAGUUCCAUUUUGACCAACUUUGACCAACGUUUGAAUUAUUGGGGGGGGGUGUUACCCCCCCACACACACACCUAUAGCGACAUCCCUGGUUAAGCGUGUUACAUAAAGAAGCAAUGCUUUUUUUUUAUACAUAUUUUAUUUAGUACUCCAGCUUGAACAACGCUUAGAGGAACAGUCGGUGGAGAAGAGUGCUGAAGAAUCUGAAAUGGAAGGUGGCAAUAUUGAGAGUGAGGGUGAAGCAUCAGAGGAGGAAAACGAGUUCUAUGAACAUGAUCCUGCCUAUGAGGUAGAUGAUGUCGACAUGGAAGAAGAUGAUGAAGAUUUCAUAGAAGAAGAUAUAGGGUGAGUAAUUUAAUAACUUGGCACCGCCUUUUGCAAUAACAAGCAUCACAACUACCUAUUGUGUAUUAUUAUAAUGUUGCACUUUUGCUUGUUUCAGGUUGUUGCAACACAAUGGAAAUCUACGGUCAGAACCAAAGCACAUUGUGUUUCUGUCACAGCUUCUGCUACUUUUCAACUUUUGCCAUUCAUGCAAAGCUGAUAAUCCAUUGGUGGAAGCAAAAGCUGUUGGAACUGCAGCAGUUGUAACCUCAACAUGCCACAACCCAAAUUGCGCACAGAAAACCACAACAUGGUAUAGCCAGCCACUAACACCUGGGCGUACAAAAGCACGUGCUGGAAACUUUCUUUUAUGUAUGGCAGUCUUGCUUGGUGGUGGCUCUUUUACUAAAAUACGCCAAAUAUUUGCACAUAUGGGUCUUGGAUGUGUCUCCCAUACAAAUACUUCCGUUAUCAGAAGGUAAGAAAGAGCAUUUUCUUAUAAACGAACUACGAAGUAUUGUUUGCAGUGCUUCUAAACUUAUGUAUAUCUAAAGGAAAUGAAACUUAAUUCUCCUUAAAAUAAGCAUGCAUUGGGCCAUCCCAUUUAAUAUAGGCACCCCCCCCCUAUUGAGGGGUCCCUUCAUAAUCCCCUUAGGGUAUAAAAAUUUUAGAACCCCCUUGGAUGUGAUUUUUUAGCCUGCGAACAGGCUCUCAAGCUGAAUUGAGAGCCUGCAUCGAUGACUAAUGAAUUUGAAUAUCUGCGUCUCAAAUCGUGACGCGAAAUUCUCAUUGGUCAAAUGCUAUAAUUUAUAUGUUUCCGCUGAGCUCUAUAUAUGUCAACUGCUGAAGCACUAUGCAUAAAAAACACAUUAACUGAUCAAAUUGGUCUUGGCCGUCUUAUCUCAAAGCAUGCACGAAAUGUUCUGUUUUGAGAAAACAGUAUCAUAGAUUAAAAGUAUUUAAAACAUUUGAACUUUUGCUUGAAUAUCUUAUAUUUCGAAAAACAGUAUAAACUGUACGGUCUAAAUUUAGUUUCCACGGUCUAAAUUUAGUUUGCACGAAAGUUGUAAACAACACCAUAUAAGGAUAGACAUUCCAUAUUUGGAAAAACGAAUGUUACGGGGCAGAUAUUCAAAUUCAUUAGUCAUCGAUGCAGGCUCUCAAUUCAGCUUGAGAGCCUGUUCGCAGGCUAGUGAUUUUUGGAAGUUACCCCAUGGAUAUCUUUAUACCCCCUUUAACAGGAUAUCAUUUUUAGUAAUUUACCCCCUUGGAUAUCACUAAAACACCUAAUUUUUGCUAUUUUUGGACAAUUUCCUAAGCUACCCUCUAGGAAAAUUUAAGAUAAAAACACCCUCCCCCCAUAGGAUUUAGGGGGGGGGGGAUGGUGCCUACAUUAAAUGGAAUGGCCCAUUGGUUGAUACAAUAUAUUUGAACUAUAUAAUUUAUAAAUUAUGUUGUACUAUAUAGACUGUGCUAUUCCCCACCAUCUUCCUUCACUGGAAGAAGUACCAGUCAUUGUUGUUGGAGAAAGCCAAGAAACUAAGAAAUGGUGUUGUUCUGGCAGGGGAUGGUCAGCAUGACAGCAUGGGUCAUUCUGCCAAGUUUUGUGCAUAUACAAUUUUUUGUUGUACUCUUGCACAAAUUAUUCAUUUUAAUCUUGUGCAGGUAGGAAUACUGUAAAUAAUACUAUAGCUUCACUUACUAGUUACUAGCUCUUGAUUAUUCAAUGACACUAACAACUGUUAUUGCAACAUUGUUUUUCUUCCUUUUAGAGAAAUCAGGCAGGAAGUAGUCCAGCAAUGGAGUUUAUGUCUUUUAAGUUAUCCAUGGACUACCUUAUCAACUAUGGCCUCACCAUUACUACCUUCAUAUCAGACAGGCAUACUUCAAUUGCAAAGUAUAUGCGGACAGUUUUGAAACAAAUUAUCCACUAUUUCGAUGUGUGGCACUUGAAGAAAAGUGAGAAUAUUUCCAAUUUUUUAAAUAAUAUAAUUCAUGCUAAUGUCCAGACUGCUUAGGAGUUAGGAUGAGAACCCACUGAGCUAUAAACAUCACUGAAUUACUGAUGAGUUAGUUUAUGAUAAUUAAAUUAAGCCUUCGGGCCCUUCACUAUUUUCCUUCAAUUCUUGUUGACAUUGUUUUCUGUUUGAAAAUUUUAUUGCUUGCAGAAAUAAGAAAGGUGCUUUUCAAAAUUGCAAAAGAGAAAGACUGUGAGGCACUGAAUGAGUGGAUAAAACCAUGUGAAAACCACCUGCACUGGAGUGCUUCUUCAACUUAUGAUGGCAAUGGUUUGGUAAUCUGGGCAAAAUUCAAAUCCUUUCUACAGCACAUUGUCAACAUCCAUUCAGGGCACAGUGAUCCACUGUUUGACAAGUGUGCUCAUGGAAGCAACAUUCCUGCUAGAAAGUGGUUGACCAUUGGUAUGUAAAACAUUUGGCCUUAAAUGUUUAUGAUGGCAUAUAGUUUACAGUAUGAAUUUUACAACUACCCAGUUUCUUGUUGCAGCAUGUCCGGCUCAUCAGAAUAUAUUCACAAUAUGGUGCAUACAUGAACAGGAAAAUGUUUUAUUUAUAUUCCUUUCCUAUAGAUUCACCCCUCCAUAACAAAGUGUGUGCUGCACUUACAAACAAAAGGCUUAUGAAUGGUAUCAAGAAAGCUUCUCCAUUAGCACAAACCAGCUGUCUAGAGGGCUUUCAUAGUGUUCUCAAUCACUUUGCACCCAAGAUGAUUGCGUACUCUUAUGUUGGACAAUACUGCUGGUUAGAAUCUCUUCUAAUUUAAAUGUUUAUUACUUUGAUUGGUGAAGAACAGUCUAUUAGCACAUUAUGAGAGCAAUUAGAGUUAAUAUAUAUAUCUUUUACAUAAUUAGGCAUAUUCUAGCUGUAAUACACUUUAACAGCAACCUGCAGAGAGAAAAAAACCAAUCCCGAUAAAUCUGAAAGAAUAAAGGUCAGCUACCCCAAAUUCAAGAAUGGAGAGGCCACAAUUCGAAGUGUUAGGGUUGCUCAGAACUUUGGUAAGUUUCUGUUUAUCUGCAAAUGGUAAUAGUCGGCCGGCCAAGGUAGCAAAAAGUGCCUUCAAAGAGAGUUGAUGGCAACUUUAUGUUAGAAGUUGGUAACAGGCAUUUUCUUAUAGUUUAAGCCUUGGUGAACAAGACUAUAUGUGUUACCACUUCUGAUUUUUGCUUUAUAGCCGAAAAUUUGAGAAUUUUUAAAUUUUGCCUAUUAGAUUACUAUGAUGGCAAAAAAUUUAAAAUCUCAUGUUCUCUCAUACCAAGGCUUAAACUAUAAGAAAAUACCUGUUACCAACUUCUAACAUAAAGUUGCCAUCAAGUUGUACAAAAUCAUGUCAUGGCCAGCCAUCUAUUAUGCUGUCUUAUAUUUAACUAUUUACAAUAUACUUUGUUAACUUUUUUUAUAGAUUAUGUACAAGAAAUAUACGAGACUUUCUUGUCAGCGACUGAAAAGGAUCUGAAAAGCAAGGAAGCUGAACUGAAGCAAAUGUGCCCCCCCUGCUAUGAACACAAUGCUAAAUAA